AAGAAGAAGCAGUCUGGGGCCCGUUAGCAGUGUCGGCUUUGUUGUGUCUUCUGAGCUGAGAUUUUGUGUCUCUGCAGCAACAAUGUCUUCAUCUCAGUCUCUGAGAGAGUUUAUCAGAGAGCGACUGACCGCUGCUGCUGAAGAAAUAUUCACAGAGUUUGAUAAAACCAUCGUCCACUACGAGGAAGAGCUGGAUCGUCAGCGCAGACUGCUGGAAAUCAGCUUGAAACCCCAGCUAAACCUGCAGAGAAUAGAUGUCCAACAGCAAACUGUUCAGAAAGAGGAGGGAGGUGGUAUAAACAAGUGUUUCUGCAACCAGGAGAGAUACUUAAGUUUGGACCAAGAUGAACCUGGAUCUCUACAGAUAAAAGAUCAACAAGAAGAACUUAAAACUUUCCAGGUGGAAGAGAAGAAGACAGACAUAGAACCUUUGCAGGGGGAAGAAAAACAAUCUGAAACAGACACUUUGCAGAUUAUAGAAUAUCAGGAGGAAUCUGAAUCACGACAGAUAGAACACAAACAGCAAGAACUACCCCAGGAGCUGAAAGAGAACCAGGAAGAACAAGAAUCUUUGCAGAUGAAAGGGAAACAGGAGGAACCAGAAUCUGCCCAGAUAAAGGAUGAACAGGAGGAACCAGAAUCUAUACAGAUAAAGGAUGAACAAGAAGAACUCUGCGUCAGUCUGGAGGAAGAGCUUGAAAUCAAGCAGGAGACUGAUACCUUUGUUAUAACGUCUACUUAUGGGGAAGGAGACCACAGCGAUCCAGAAGCAAACAGUGAUGAGCUCCAAGAGAACCAAUAUGAAAGAACUGAUCCUGAAGACUCAAGAUCCAGUGGCGAUGAAGAACUGAAACAAAAUAAGAAGAGUCAAACUGGAGGUAGAAGUGACAAUGUAGACAACCUUAAAGUAAAAAAACAAAAAAUUAAACACACAAAUGAGAAUCUUUGUUCAUGUAAUGUUUGUGGUAAGGUUUUAGCCCGGAGUUAUUUGCCUGAACACAUGAGAAUUCACACAGGUGAGAAGCUCUUCUUAUGCACAGUCUGUGGAAAAAGUUUUCGCCAGCAAAAUCAUUUGACUGUUCACAUGAGAACUCACACAGGAGAGAAGCCUUACCCCUGUGUGAUUUGCGGAAAAAGUUUUACCCUACAAAUGGUUUUGACAAAGCACAUAAGAACUCACACUGGUGAGAAGCCUUUCUCAUGUCUGACUUGUGGAAAAAGUUUCAGGCAUAGUGGAACCUUAUCUCAGCAUAUGAGAACUCACACGGGUGAGAAGCCUUUCCCAUGUUUAACCUGUGGAAAGCGUUUUAGUGAUAAGAGAAAUUUAUCUCGACACAUUAGAACUCACACAGAUGAGAGGCCUUUCUCCUGUCCGACCUGUGGAAAAAACUUUCGUCAAGGAGGUCAUUUAACUGUGCAUAUGAGAACUCACGCGGUUAAGAAGUUGUAUUUAUGUGAAAUCUGUGGUGCGUGUUUCACUCAGAGUGUCGACUUGACUGAUCACAUGAGAACCCACCGAGGUAGGAAGGUGUAAUGUUACUCUUGAAAUCUUAUGGAGAACUUUAGACAACCCUGGUGAGAAGUUAGUCUCUGUCGUUCAUGAUUAAACCAGGUCCUUUAUCAUG